GACGAAAGAGGGACAUUAUGAAGAUAGUAUCAGCAUCCGGAUUCUCCAUCUGUUUGAUUUGGACUCUGUUGAUAUUCACAUCAGAAGUCUUGAGUGACGUGGAAGAGGAGAGUCUAGGAGACAAUAAGUGUGUUUAUAUUAAAGGAAGACGUGUUAUUGACAUUGUAACUGUUCCAUGUACAGAGAAAAUCAAAGCAAGUUGUGGAUGGUUCAGUAUUUCAUACUGCACUAUGUACAGAAAAACCUACUGUAAAAAGGAACUGAACUCAACGAAAAUUCUUUACUACAAAUCAACAGAAUGUUGUAAAGGGUUUGUGAGAACACCCAACAAUACAUGUAUCAAUGAAACAACGCUUGACCCAGAGUUACGGAGCAUUAUAGAAAAUGCCACUGAUAAAGAUGUUGAUGAAGACUUCAUUGUUGACCCAAAAGAUGUCAUCAAAUAUGAAACUGCUGCUUUGGAACAUGAAUCACCUGUUAUUCAUAAAACAGGAAGUGCUGAAAAUAGCAUCAAUCUUUCUCAAGGGGCAUAUGCAGGGAUAGCCUGUGCUCUGUUGUUUCUUGGUGUUGUUGCUGUAUUUGUGGGGAUUGCCAUUAGAAAGAAAAGGCUUAGAAAUAGACGAAAUAAAAAGAGUGAGGGAAUGAGAGAUUGUAAGAUGGAGGGAGGAGUGAUGUACCAAACAACCCCUAUUGUGAAAACCCGACAUUCCAGCAAAUCUUCUGUAUCCGAGGAGAUUGAGCGACUUCACCCAGACACCGAGGAAACAUGAUAGCUGUAAUUAGAUGUAAACAUUACAACAAGAGAUUCUGCCACAAGAAAAUAUUUUCUUUAGUUCUUUUAAACAGUAAUGUUUAAAUAUUUUUAUUUGUCUUUCAUUAGAAAUAAGUCUAUUAGAGGUACUUUUUUGACAAUGUCCAACUGUUUUAUAUUAGAAUUGGAAGGUGUUAUUGUUUAAGGGAUGUGCAUUUUAUUUAAUUGGGAAUAUGAUGGAUACAAAAAAAUGUUAUAUUAAGAUAGUUACACAGUUUUCAUUGCAUUGAGAAAUUAAGCAUUCCAAUGACGUAAUCAUGAGUAAAAGGUGCAACAUAUGUAAAUUUUAAAUUGCAUUAUUAUCCUGUAAUAAGUAUAGAUCAACUCUACAUGCACAGGAUACUUUAAUCAAUCAUUUCUUUAAUCAUUGUAAGCUUAAGUGAGCUUUUCUGAUAAAAAUUUGGUUAUCAUAUCUUGUGAUCAACUUAUUUUGCUUUCAAUUUCUUCUCAGGAACCACUGUGUGGCCACUGGAGGGGGACAAAAGUUUAUGUUGGAAUGUUUAGGAAAAAAAUCUUUUCAAGAACAAAAAGAUUGCAAUAAACCUUAUUAGUAAACAAACAUUUCCAUGCUGUUUAGAUUCAAAUUUCUUCAGGUCAUGACCCCCUGAGCAAGGUUGGGGCCACAAUAAGAAUCAGAUUAUCACUGAAAUUUUGAAUUUGCAUCAUCCUGUUGUGGCCACAAUCAGAGAUAGAAAAAAAUCGUUAAAAAUUUCUUCUCCAGAACAUUUCAUGCAAUGCCUGCAGCGUAAGAGCCUCUUGUUUUAAGUUAUGUGUAUUACACUACUUUUGCAGAUUGCAGAAAACAGCUGUGUAAAUUUUGGAGUUGUGUGAAAUGUCUCAUUUGUGAUUUCAUUGCAAUUUACCAUGUUUCAUUGAUGCUGACUAUAACUAUAUAAACUUAAUUAGAUGUAAUAUGUAAUCUGAAACUAUUUGAAAGAAUGACUGAAUGUAUUUAUUGUAUCAAACUGGACUGUGGCAUUACCAGUAUCAGGCUUCAUUCAAAUCCUGAUUGCAUGAAAGUUUUGUAUUUUAUCUUUAUUCUCUAUGAAACAUAUUUGCAUUUAUGAUUCAGUAUAUUUUUGGGGGACACUCCUUAAACCAAAAUUGUAAGUCUGAAAGUGAUCAGAAAACAAGAGAAUUUGCUCAAUUUGAUUUCAAUAUAAAACAGACCAAUUAGAAUUGCUUAAGUAUGUUGAUAUAAUCAUGUAAAUAUGGUAAUUUAUUUAUUAUACACAGUGGAAUAUAUUGGCUUGAUAAGGACGGAUUGGUAGUACAUGCAGUAUAAACAUUAUCCAUACUCUUCUAUAGCCAAAUAUCUAUACUGCAUUUAUAUAAAUCUACCCACAAGCAGUGUAAUAUGUGGAGAAAAUCUUUUACUUGUUGAAUUAGUUUAUCAAGUAUACCCUGGCUUUUCAAAAAGAUUGUACUUAAGAAUUACAUGUUUAACGCUUGCUAUAAUGUCAUCUGCUGGUUUAAUUAUUAAACCAGCUUAUAAUGUGAUGUGGUAAAUGUUAACAAAGUACAUGUAUAAGUACUGAAGGUAGAGUGUGAGAGAGAACAUGAAAAUAUGAAACCAAAUGUGCAGCACCAUAAUCAUGUGUCUUGUCAGUGUACAUACAUUCACACAACAGUAAAUGGUUGUGUGCAUAUAUCCAUGUAGCUAAGAGAGGUCAGUAGAAGCCACAAAAAACACUACUGCAUAUGUAUUACUAGCAUAAAAUGAGAUUUCACAGAAUUUUGAUGUUUUUCAUACAUUCUUAAUACAUUGAGAGUUUGGAAUUUACAUUAGAUAGUGUGUACGUAUUUCUGAUUUGAACAUAUUUUAUUAUGUACCGAAACAUAAAUGGAUUGGGCAGCAGGCAUAGCCUAUAUAAGCCCUCUCCACGUGUGUACAUAUUUAUAGGUAUUUAAAGAGUGCAAGCAACAAUAUGACUAUUUUUUAAGUGCAUUAUUGUCUUCAUGACUGUGUAUUUGAUGUCCUAUUCACAAUACAUUCUCAUUUUUGCCAAGUAAACAGUAUUUUUCAUUUUCUCCACCUCACCAUGUUGUACUAAAUUUAACAAGCUACAGAAAAAAAAAUGUGUAGGUAGGUAGGUAGUAGGCUGGGGAGAAGGACGGGGGUUAAGAAGGAUUUUGUGCCACUGAGAUUCUGUGACCACUCUUAUCAUACAUUUCAAUCCUCUCAAUUUAUUUUAUGAGCAAGGGGAGUAAUUACCUGUUCAAAUUUCACAGAGGAAAUAUAUGUUGCCAUAUUUACUAUACUUUUAAUGAAUUCAUGAUAAAGAAACGUAGUAAUUGGAUAAUUGAAUUAAAUUGAUAGGUCUGUUAAACUCUAGCUGGUAAUGAUGGCUGACAUUGACUUGGAGAACUCUUAUUUUUUGUUUAAGGAUUUAGAGCUUUUUCGUACCACUACUUUCACAAGUAUUAUUCUUUGUCAUAUAUUUUACCUGAUUUCCAAAUCUAUAGCAGAAAAAAGGUUAUCUAUUCCAGUGGCACAUUCUUAUGUAGAGCCCCCCCCCCCCCCAAGAUAUUCAGUAAAAUUUAUUGUCUUGAAGACUUAACUUGAUUAAAGUUUAAAAUUACAGUAAUAUUAUUUCUGUUAGUAUUUGGUUGCAUUAUUUAUAGCAGUUUCUUAUAAUAGCAUCUUGUCAAGUUGUGGUGCACUUUCUUUCUGUUCUUUUUUUUUUUUUAAACAAUGGAUCUGAUAAGAACCAUGUCAGUACAUGUACUAUGUUAUGUUUUAUUUUUUGAAUAUUGUUAUGGCAUAGCAAUUUUAUCAUAAAGUUACAUUACCCAUGUACAUGUCAAGUGAUAUAUUCAUUAAAAGUUUUACAAACUGUUA